AAGGAAGGAUGGACAUCAUCAGGAAACAAGAAGAAACUAUAACGGGAAUGAAUCUCCUUCCAGAUUCUAUUUCAGAAAACUGACUCACACUUUACUGACUGUACUUUGCCAUUUCUUGCCAACCUUAAACUCGGAAGGACUGAUGGAGCUGUUUGAUGAAUCAAUGACACACACAGAAGACGACAGAAGACCGACCAGUUGCAAGUUUGUGGAGCUGCAUGUGCUGUGUGUGCCAGGUGAUCAGUGGAAUGUGAAACUUAAUAAAGUUCCAGCUGAAACCUCAGAGAGCUUCAUAUCUGCUGGUUUCAUCAGAGCUUACCCUGACCUCACCCUUAAACGGCUCAGGACUGAGCUGGACACCCAUCUUGGUGGUGACAGGAGCACCAAUAAAUACUCCUUCCUGAAAUGUGUGGGUCGCAGUCUGGCUCUUGUCAAAAGAAACCAGGAGAAGGAACUGAAAGUGAAAUUAUUUGCCCCACCAUAUGCAGCACAGCCGGAGCUUUACCUGCUGCCAGCGAUGGAGGCAGAUGGCAGCUCCUGCUCGCGGUCCUUCAGCCUGGACACCGGCAGCAGCUCCACAGAGGAGCAGAACCAUUCCCACUCUCCCAAGGUCUGCAGCCCACCAACAGAGCCCAAGGAACUCGUGAAAUUCCCCCAUUGUUUCCACAAACCACUGCCCAGAUUUGAGGAACUUGAAGAAGAGGAGGAUGAGGAAGAUGACAAGAGCUGCAGUUCCUCAGAAAGAGAGACUAAGGAGGAAGCUCUGCGCUUCAUCGGGAAAGCAGAAGAAGAGAGUUACUCAUGGAAACAUCCCAAUCAAAGGGAGCUGCAGAUGGUUUCUCUGAAAGAAGCUGUAGAAAGAUGUGAGGUUUCUUCAUCCCAGAUAAAGCUCUUGGCAGACGGAGAUGAAGGCUGCAUGAAGAAGAGGCAACUCAAAAGGGAAGGACGCUCCGGAGCAGCUAAACCUCCAGAGUGGAGGGAGUCAGGCUCCUCCCUCGCAGACAGAGUUGGAAAAUCCAAAGACUCCCACACCGUGACAUCUAUAAAACACAAACUAACAUCUGAGGAGGCAGAAAAGUCCAGUGGAUCCACCUCCUGCAGCAAAGAAUCUCCAACAUGUGGUCCAGUUUUUCACACAGACAGAGAAGGACUAAUUGAAGAAAUCAAACUAGUGAGGGAGAAGAGGAAGCAGCUGGAGUGGACAAAACAAGAGUUGCUACGGAAAGGGAAGGACCUGUUGGCUCAGAGCAGCCAUCGCAGGAACCAAGCACGAAAUUGCUGGAAAAAGAAAUUCUUUGAAACCAAGAAGGCCACAGGUCCUCUGGAGGAGACGCUGAAGAACUUAAGGCAGGAGAUGGAGACGUUUUACAACAAACUGGUGCUUCAGCUUCAGGCCAGAGAGAGCAGAGGGAAAAUGAGGCGACAGGGGAGAUCCUCACUGAAGAAUGAGCUCACCGUUCUAAUCAUGAAGGAAACUUACGAGAUUGACAACCUAAAGAGAAAAGUAGAAGAUGCAGAGAUGAAGCUGGUAGCAGAGAUCAAAUUGAGGAAGCAGGCUGCUGCAGAGCUGAAGGCCCUGAAGGCGGAGCUGCUCCAGAAGAAAAGUCAGCUUAAGGGAGACCCUGCAUGGACUGGGCUGCAUGUUCAAAGCAUCUGAUGUGGAACAAAAUUCCAAACUGGGAUUUUCUGUCAGACUCCAUGUUGUUUUUAUAACUUGA